CAAACAACAAAAAAUCAUCUUUCUCCAAACUACAUAUAUACUCACAACCAUUCUUUCUCUUGUUGUGUUGUUGCUCAGCUCCUCCAACACACAAGCCUAGCCCUGUCUCCUCUGAACAUCGCCUCAUUCCCGGCGCUGUAUCCCAAGGCGCCGUUUGCCUUGGCGGCAGCCCUGCCGCCUAUGAUUGGGACGCCGGAAAAGGCCAAGCAGGGGCGACCAAUUGGCUCGUUUUCCUCCAAGGAUCCGGAUGAUGGUGCUUGAACACCACCGCCCAUCGCAUUCCUGAUUAUGGCACCGUCCAAAGCUGUGCGGAACGGGCAAACACCCACCCACCUUGGCUCUUCCCACCGCAUGCAUCCUUUGAAUUUCCCUCACUCCAGUGACACAUAUUUUUACGACUGGAACCGUGUGGUGGUGAGGUCUUGUGAGGGCGGAUCAUUCUCCGGCGACGCCAACAAGCCCGAUCCUGUCACGGGCCUUCACUACAGGGGCGCGAGGGUUUUCCGCGCUGUCGUGGAGGACUUAAUGGCGAGGGGGUUGAAAAAUGCCCGUAAUGUCCUCCUCGCUGGGGGUUCGUCGGGCGGGCUCGGGGUCAUGGUGCACUGUGACCGCUUCCGCCGCCUCUUCUCGGGGAACACGAGGGUGAAGUGCUACGCCGACAGCUCUCUCUUCCUUCGCGUCAGAGACCCCCACCGCGCGAAGUUUUUCAACGACGCCCUUGGCAACGUUGUGGGUGUGCACCGUCCGGACAACGCGUUGCCCGGACGGUGCACUUCGAGGCUAGGCGCGACGGCGUGUUUCUUCCCGCAGAACCUGGUGCGGUAUAUCGAAUCGUCGUUCUUCAUUUUGAACUCGGCGUUCCACUCGUUCCAGGUGAGGAACACGUUUUCGGAGGCCUUGCACGACAAUGUCAUACACCACAACGUUAGCCGGAGCGACUUGGCACUCCUCCGAGACUUCCGGGGCCAAACAAUCGGAGCCCUGCCACCGCCAAGCGGAACGAAGGGGUACCUAAUAACAUCCCUCUUCAUGCACAGUCUCGGUACGGUGCAAGGCUUCAAAGGGCCAAUGUUUCCAGGGCAAAAGUCAAAGUCUUUUGAGAAUGUGUUGGUCGAUUGGUUUUUCGACCGAGCGACCAAUGUCCAUCUCAUAGACCCCGCGAAACAGCCCUUUUAUUGAACAGCCAGCCCUGUGGAGUUGUGGAGAUGACAUCAACUUAAAUAAAUGAUUUUAAUUAGUUGAUGUGAAUAAUGUGUCAUUAGCAAUUUGUCGUUAAAGAAAUCACCUUAAAUAGGACUAAAACAUAGAGAAAAGUACCAAAAUAGGACUUCCCUGUUUUUUUUCCCGAAAUAGGACUUUGCACUGUGGCAAUGUGACUUUGCCCUGUUGUAAUGUGGCAGUGUACAUGUGCAAAUUACUAUACUUGUUUGGUAAUGUAUAUGACCAUGUAUGGUAAUGUAAGUCCUAUUUCCGGAAUAAAAACAUGGAAGUCCU